AUUUUCUCCUUGGCAGCCUCCCUGCUGAAGCUGUGGUACCGGGAGCUGGAGGAGCCUCUGAUCCCACACGAGUUCUACGAGCAGUGCAUCACCCACUACGAGAACCCCGAGGCCGCCAUCGCCGUCGUCCACUCGCUGCCCAGGAUCAACAAGAUGGUGCUGUGCUACCUCAUCCGCUUCCUGCAGGUGUUCGUGCAGCCGUCCAACGUGGCCGUGACCAAGAUGGACGUCAACAACCUGGCCAUGGUGAUGGCCCCCAACUGCCUGCGCUGCCAGUCGGACGACCCGCGGGUCAUCUUCGAGAACACGCGCAAGGAGAUGUCCUUCCUCAGGGUGCUCAUCCAGCACCUCGACACCAGCUUCAUGGAGGGCGUCCUAUAGCAGUGCCCCCCACAACACACCCCCCUCCUCCUCCUCCUCAUCC